GUUGCCCCAGCAACAUGGAUCAGCUGCCCUCAUUCAUGUACUGACUAGUUCCAUAGCACAAUGUCUAUAUUCAAAGUAAAACAGUGGUGGUCAAACAACGAUUCACGGGGAGACCAAGCUGAUGUGGGAACCCAAAAUGGUGGUUGUCUCAAAGUGGACAGAUUUAGCUCUCAUAGCGAUAGUGACUGUAUUGUUACUGGUGAAGGAUCAAUACUUAAACUUUACAAGCCAAACAGUCAAGAUGCAUCGCCUAUUCUACUAGAAAAUAAUUUCAAUGUCCCUAUAAUACAAAUUGAAACUGGGAAAUUUAUAGCUGGGAAAGAAGACAGACAGAUUCUAGUCCUGCAUCCACAAAGCUACGCUGUUUAUCAAUUAAAUAGAAAGGAAGGACAUACAGAUGUCGGAGAUCAAAAUGCCCUGGAGUCAGUUGUCAAGCACUCGUUCACACGUCGAGCGUUCAGCGUGACAUGUGGCCCCUUUGGCAAUAUUAAAUCAAGGGACUUCAUAUGUGUACAGUCUCUCGACGGUACUUUGAGCUUCUUUGACCAAGACACAUUUCUUUUCAUGUGUGUCUUUAAUGACGUCAUAAUACCGGGCCCGGUGUGUUAUGUAGCAAGCUGCGACUCUUUCGUUAUUUGCAAGUCGACGUGGGUGUUAGAAAUAUACAGCUAUCAGCAGUUGAGGGAGCUCAGCGAACUAACUGCCAGACAGAAUAAAAAGAGCAUCCCGCAAUGGGUGUACAAUGCAGGCGAGGAAGUGACGUCGCUACAGGCUAUCCAAACAAGCAGCAAUUUCUCAAGCAUCAUUGCCCUGGGUGAGAGGCAUCUCUACUGCUUCCAAGACAAUGGUCUCAUGAAGUACAUGAUCAAAUUUGAUUACAUGCCUAUUUGUUUCAACGCGUAUUUGAUUGGCUGGUAUUAUGAACCAGGUUCCCGUCUCCUAAUAAUGGUCGCCUCUGAAGACUCCAAGCUGUUUGUUUACGAAAACACCACUUUACUCUGGUCUUGCGAUCUGCCCCAUUUCGCGAUUUCGAUAUCACGUUGUUUCCUAAAGCUGCUACCAGGUGGCGUUGUCACUAUCUCCAGUAAUGGUACUGUUCAAGUUAGUUAUUUGGGGACAGAGCCUGAUUUGAAUGCGAAUGCUGGGUCGAUGAUAAAUGAUGUUAUGGAUCCAGAAGCGGUUCAGGCUGAGUUAGACGAUGUUGAGGAGAGGUUACAGAGAAUUCUAGAAAGUAAAGAAGAAAUAAACGACCAGUAUCCCACAAUAGACAAAAUAAUAACCAUAAAAGCGGACGCCGGAAAACCUGUACAAAAUCUAUUCCAAGAAUUCACACAAGACGACGCGUUAAACCUAUGCCCCGUAGUCCUUAUAAUAACAUGCGAAGACCCAAAAAUGGUUCAAAGUAUUCAAAUAACUUAUGUGUGCUCUCCGCCCUUCGCUUGCUCCGAAUCUGUGAUAUGCUUAGAUAGUAUAAAUGGCACUGAAAUAGUCGAAACUCAAGUAUUUAUGUCAAGCGACGCAGAUAUUUCUGAUACUUUUGUUAGAAUCAUGCUGACUGUCACGGAUGCUACAGGAAAGAUAGAUGUACUGAAUAAGAAGGUGUUAUUGCCGGCGAGUUUGUAUUGCGCGCCUAGCGAAGAUGCGCAUGAGGAUAAUAUAGUUUUCUGUUUGGCUGUGAAUAAACCUUGCAUUCAGUUUAAUGAGAUAUUUACAGAUUUUUCCGAAGAAGAAAUUACAGAGCAUGGAAACUUAUCAGAAUCUGUAACUUUUACAUACAGGAAUACGAAAAGAAACGUAACAGUUAGGGCAGCAGAAAAACAAUACUCCGUGGAGGCGAAGGAAUUUUCUGAUAUUAUUGCGAUAUUAGACCAUUUAGUUAUAAAAUUGUCCGAUCAUUAUACUAGGAUGGAUAAGGCGGAUUUCCGCUAUAAUUUUCAAUUCGAUUCGGAAUUGAGCAAGCAAAUGAUUAUCAGGUUACUGAAAAGCAUUGAAGUUCAUGCGAAGGAAAGAAUUAAGUUGAAAAGCUCUGAGGAUACACUGAACAUACUUCAAAGACAGUUCACGUUAGUACAGAAAAGGCUACUAGUACAAUACGGUUCGCUACCGCCGGGAGACUGCGAUCCCUUGGAAUAUCUCAUGAAGGACACUCACAGCAGACUGAUUACAUGUGUCAACGAUAUUAUACAGGGCAAGGAGGCUGUUACUAGAGCAGGUAGCACUGUAACUGCAGUCGGAAAUCUCAUCAUGCGUAUACUCAAACAUACUACGCCGGAUACUUUUAAAUUAAAAUUAAUAGAAGAAAUGUUGGCUCUAAAUUCAUUAUAUGAAGGCUUUCAAGAAUUGGAAGAAACAGUUACUCAAGCAUUAUCAUAUAUUGUCAAUGAAGUUUUGAAAAAAUCAGAAAAGGAUAGAGAGAAGUUAGCACCAGUUACCGAGCAAGGGAUACUAUCUCAUAUCAACUUGAAGAGAUUUUUGAAGCAGAUCAAAAUGAUCUUGGAUCGAAUGUUUGAAGAAGCAGGGGCUAGCGGAACUGAGACUGAUAAAGGAAAAGUUAUACGUAUUGAAGAGUUUGUAGAAGUGUUAUAAAUGUUAUAUAACUACCAAAGACAUAUGUAACUCCCUAUAGACAGAUAAAGUCUAAGAAAAAAACGUACCUCGAAACUAUACAGACGUAUGGGUACGGUCGCCUAGAUGGCGUUACACCUUUGGGAAACGCUCGGCUAGAUGGCGCUAAUAUUAAUAUUUGACAUAUUAACACAUAUCAAGCUAAGAAUAUGGGCCAAAUUGACAAAACUGAGGUUCAAAAGUUUUAAGCUUGUGUCGAGAGAUGGCAGUCUAUGCACUGUGAUUACACAUUUUACUUUGACAGUAACUCUCUAUAAUGAUCCUCUUUGAUGAU